AUGGACCAAGAAUAUCCAGUCGAUGAAAACCUUGCAUGCGCUUCACUCGCCGGGCUUCCCGUUGUGUGGCGCAAGCUUCGGACGGAUCUUCAUCUGGCCAUGCGGACUGGAUUGACGUACUCGGAAGUCACGACUCUGUUGAACAGUGACGAAAUGGCCCAUCGCUUGUUCCAUCCUUACGAUCUGUCCUGCAUGCUGGCUCAGAUGAUGUACUGGAACCAACUGGACAAGGCUUAUUGGACAACCUACGUGCCAGAACGAUACUUCCUCCACGCGGAGAGCAUACUGGAUCGCUAA